UGGUCGGCAGUUUGACAUCACUGUCAUCAGCUGAUUUCAAAUCAAAUAUGAGUACCAUGUUUACAAGAGCAAUGUUUCACAGGCUAAAUAAUUAUACUAAAAUAAUAGUAAUUGAUCCAUCAAUUAUUGAUUGAUUACUGACGUGGAAUUAAACAAUUGAGCAAUGGAUACAAUUAGCACGGAGAAAUUCUACGGUGGCAAAGUAUGUAAGCGAAAAUCUAAAUCCAACGUUCACUGGGUGAAAAUACACCGUGUCAUGCCGUCGCAUAUAAUGGGUCCGACACAAUUUUGGAAGGAAUUUCCUAAACAAGCGGAUGCAUUGGCCGCGGCUGCUAAACGUAGUACGAAAACAGACACGCUUUGCACUUUUGUGUACCAGCGACCCAGUGACGGUAAUCGCAAAUUCGUUGUUGCACAUCCAGAGGUCUAUUGGUGGUAUUAUAAAGCUAAACCGCAGGAACGAAGAUGUUCGUAUGAGGUAAUACCAAAAGGUUCACCAUGUUGGCUAUAUCUGGAUUUAGAAUAUCCUAUUAAAUUAAAUCCUCUUUGUAAUGGCUCACGUAUGACCAAAACAUUGAUAGAUAUUAUACGCACAUAUCUACUUAAUCACUAUCAUUUGUUAUGUGACAGAAAUAACAUUUUAAUACUGGAUUCUACUUCCAGUGAAAAAUUCAGCAGACAUGUAAUUUUUACUAUGAAAGAUAUGGCUUUUAGAGAUAACUCGCAUAUUGGAAGAUUCAUAAAAACUAUAUAUAAUGAUAUUAUGUUGUACUUGAACUCUGAUAUGCAGUCACAUGGAAUCUUGAAACAAUUUAGUAAAGCAGACAUUGAAGAAAUGCUUGUGGAAACAGCAACACAAGGCAAAAGAUUAUUUAUUGACAAUGGUGUUUAUACAAAGAAUAGACAUUUUAGAGUAUACCUAUCCACCAAGUGGGGAAAACAAUCAUACUUAACAAUAUCCUCAGAUUCUACAUAUACUCCAUUAAAUAAAUGUAAAGAGAAAGAGUUGGGAAUUUUUUUGGAUUCCUUGAUAUCUUACUUUCCAAACAAAAUGAAUUUAAUAUUACUAGAGUUUCAAAAUCGCAGUAACAUAACAGCUCAGCUCUAUUCGAAAAUAUUAGCACCAGCCAAUCAUGAGGAUGACAAUCAGGUAUCACCAUAUCCUGAAAUUGAUAAAUAUAUUCGCAGUAUCAUUGAUCCUGGCAAGAUACGCGUUAGUAAAUAUUCCGAAAAAACUAAGAUACUAAGAUACGAAAUUUAUGGUAAUAGAUUCUGUGAGAACAUUGGCAGAUGGCACAAAAGUAACAACAUAUAUUGGAUUGUAGAUUUGAAUAAGAAAGAAAUAUAUCAGAAGUGUCACGAUGAGGACUGCUCGGGUUUUUCGUCUACUCCGAAAAGCUUACCAGAAGAGAUUAUUUUUAUGUUAGACACAGAAGGUGAUACUCUCAUAUCAGAUGUAAUGAUAGAGGAAAACAUUAUAUAAAAAAAUACCUAAAGAGCAUUAGAUAGUUUUUUAUAUAAAUGUGAAUAAGAUUUAUAAAAAUAUAUGUACACAAAUACUUCCGAUUGUUUCUCAAUAAAUUUAUUUUAGUAUA